AGCCAUUUCUUUUGUUUUCUUUCUUAUCUUGUGAACCACAUCUCUUAAGUAUCUUGAACUUGUAUUAUGUGAAAGUUAUUGUAUCAAACAGUUCAAUUUUAUUCUUCUUUGAACCAUCAACUAGCCAAAUUCAACAUGGAUGUAGAUUUUAUCAUAGAAACAAUCGAUGAAAUCCUUACAAGGUUACCUUCCCUUAAAAAAACCAGCUCACUUCAUGGCCAGCCCAAAAGUGAGAUCAAACAUCUUAGAGAUCUUCUUAGGAAAGUCCGUGUCGACCUCAAGAAGCACGUCCAUGGUCAGGAGGAGGAGAAUCUGCCGGUUUGGAUUCAGAAACUUAAGACUGCUGUCAACUAUUUGAAUGAUGUAGUGGAGGAACUCUCUGCUGAGUCUGUUAAGCUUAAACUAAAAUUCAUUAUAAAGAGCCUCCAAAAUAUUAUACAUGAAUUCUCCAAGAAAACAACGAUACCGAUACCACGGGAGAAGAUGGAGGAGGAGACAGUGUUGCAGUUGCAACCGGAUGUGAUUGAGAGAAAAGAGAAAAUUAUACAUCAACUUGUAUCGCGCCAGAAAGAAACUGAACCAACAAGGACUGUUUCUGUGGUUACCAUUGUUGGGUUCGCGGGAAUGGGGAAGACAGAACUCGCACGUCUCAUUUGCAACGAUGUGCGAGUCAAAGAUCGGUUCGGGAUGCAAAUUUGGAUUAAUGACGUCGAAUCGCUCAAAACACGUGCAGCAGGUACAUCACUUACUGCCACGGACGGAAAAGGAAACCUUGUUGUGCUGGACAAUUUGAAAACUGAGAUACUUGGUGACCAGGAGCUCUUUGAUUUGGAGAAGAUGUUGAUGACAGCUAGUGGUUCAAGUGCAAUACUCAUAACCACACACAGUAAACUUCUGGCCAACAAUAUAACUGUUGGGCUGAAUGCCAAAACAGAAAUAACAGGUACUAUUUUUACAGCCUUUGUGCCACAUGUUAUUCCAAAGCUUAAUGAAAGGGAAUCUUGGUCACUAUUUUUGAGAUUGCGUGAUCGAAGUAGUUCAAUAUUCAACAAUGAGGAAGAGGAAAUGGAACGAAACUUUGUAACGGAUUGUAGUGGAGUUCCUUUCUUGAUAGAUUUCACAGCAACCUUUCUGAAGGAAAAUCAUGGUGAAGAUGCAAUAACAAUGAAGAAGAAUUUUCUGCAACAGCUCAAGUUAACAUUCUUUGACAAACUUCCAAUCGUCCAGAAGAUGUGCUUUGAAUUUUGUUCACUGUUUCCUCGUGAUCAUUUGAUUGAUGCCGAGAGAUUAAUCCGUCUCUGGACAGCAGAAGGAUUUCGGAUGGAAUCAGAAAAUCCAGCAGCAGAAAAAACAUUACGCCACUAUUUCAAUGACUUUGUCGGGAUACCUAUUUUCAAAGACAUCGAAGAAGACGAGUGUGGCCUUGUAAAAUGGUGUAGAAUGAAGCCGCUAUUGCACGAUCUAGCACGCUUCGUAUCUGAUGAAAAGGAGAAUGUUAUGGUGGAUGCAGAAGGGGAAAGAGUUCACGAAGGAACCCUGCGUGCCUCGUUUGAUUUUAGCUUGGACGUUUCGCGUGUAAUUCCACCUUCUUUGUUUAAAAAGGCAAAGAAACUAAAGGCCAUUCUCUUGUGGACGCCACAGGCCAUGCUUCCGAAGCAGAUGGAGACAAGCACUUCUACUUGUGAUAGAAUAUUCAAAACCUUCAAGACCACACUCCGCAUGUUGGAUCUCCAUGACUUGGGAAUCAAGGAAUUGCCCGGAUCUAUUGGGGAGAUGAAGAAUUUAAGGUAUCUCGACGUAUCCCUUAAUGCUAUAGAAAAGUUGCCAAGUUCUAUUACCAAGCUUUCCAAUUUGCAAACGUUGAAAUUGUCUCGAUGUUAUCUACUCAAGGAAUUACCCAAAGAUAUUGACAAACUGGUUAACCUGAAUCAUCUUGAGACAGAUGGAUGUUUGUCUCUCAUCCGUAUGCCUCUCAAAAUACACAAGAUGGCUGAUUCACUGCAAACACUUUCUCACUUUAUCGUUAGUGAGGGGUUCAACAUGGGCGGGCGAUUCAACUUCCUUUGCUUCUUGGCCCAUAUAAAAUACAUGCUGCUAGCUAAUCUUCGAGACCCAUUUUCCCACUUUGUCGCUCGCGAGGUCUCCAACUUUGAUGGCCUUUCGGACCUUUCAAAACUCAACAACUUAAAAGGCCACAUGGAAAUUUCACAUCUUGAAAGAUUCAUUUCAAAGAAUUCAGUGAUUGCUAAUUAUCUCUAUGAUAAGAAACACCUUCAAAGCCUAACAUUGAGAUGGGAUCACAAGCGUGACGAUUGCCAAAAUGAAAAGAGUACAGACAUGGAAACACUUGAUUGUCUGAAGCCUAACUCUGAACUCAGAGCAAUUUUCGUUGUUGGGUACAAAGGUAAAACUCUUUCAAACUGGUUUUCUUCCAUCCAAUGCCUUGUAAAGUUAAGGUUUAAUGAUUGUACCUAUUGCGAAUUUCUCCCACAACUUGAUCAACUUCCGAACCUCCGAUUUCUCGAACUAUUAAGGUUGGACAAUCUGAAAUACAUUGGUGUUCAUGGUGACAGUGGAAAUAACAUAGAAGCUGCUGCAGUGUACUUUCCGUCCUUGAAGGAACUCACAAUCUCAGACUGUCCUAACCUCAAGGGUUGGUGGGAACAGGAUAAAACGGGAACAAAUAUACCAUUUUUUGCUUGUCUUUCAAAACUUCAUAUCUAUUACUGUCCUGAACUAACUUGCAUGCCCCUUUUUCCUAUUCUUGAUGAAGAGCUAGUCCUCGUUGGUUCAAGCGUGACGCCACUACUCGAUACAAUAGUUCAUGGAAAGGAAAAGUGUGAUCCGUUUUCCAAACUCAAGUCGAUGAAAAUUUCCAACAUUAAGAAGAGUCAAUCACCACUAGAGUCUUUUCCCAAAGGUUUUGAUCAUCUGAGGUUACUAUACAGUCUUAACAUUGAAUACUGUGAGGAACUUGAUCUUGACCUCUCAAGUAAUGAAUGGGAGGGUUUGAAAAACUUGCAUUCUCUCACCAUAAGUGGGAAUCCAAAACUCAAGUCUCUUCCAUUGGGGGUUGACAAAGUAACAUCUCUUCAAGAUCUUCAGCUUUAUAACUGUCCUGGUGUUACUUCUUUGCCUGAAACCAUAGACAACCUCCAACUACUUGGUAGAUUGGAUAUUUCUGGAUGCUACAAUUUGGCUUCGCUUCCCAAAGCAUUGAAAAACAUGAAGUAUCUGCAUACUUUGAUCAUUUUGGACUGUCCUUUGUUAAUGCCAAGGUGUCAGCGUGAAACUGGAGAUGAUUGGCCACAGAUUGCUCAUAUAAAAAAUAUACAGGUGAGGGAAACUGUUAUGUCUGGAAUAUUGUAGGAGAUGAUGGGACUGUUGGCUAUAGUUUGUUUUUGUUUGGGGCUUUAUUCUUUAGGGAGUUAGAUUUUUUGUUUAAGCCAUGCCUAAAACAUGCAGUUUCUGUUUUUUUUCCUUAAACCGGGAAAAACUUGUUAAAUGGUUGUUGCUUUGUUGAAUUCAAUAAUGCAUUUCCUUU